UUGCCAUUCAUCUCUGUCUUAAUCAUUUUUACUUGCAAAAAACCACACACACACACACACAGAGCGCCAAAAAGAAAGAGCAAGAGCGAGGUGCAGUGCAUAGGCGACGAUGGUGGCGCGCGACAUAGACGAAUUGCCCAAGAACGCUGCCAACUACACAGCGUUGACGCCGCUGUGGUUCCUGGAGAGAGCAGCUCAGGUGCACCCCACCAGAGCCUCCCUCAUCCAUGGAUCCCGUCGCUACACGUGGCAACAGACUUACCACCGUUGCCGUCGAUUCGCAUCUGCUCUCAACAAUCGUUCCAUCGGUCUCGGCAACACCGUUGCUGUUAUUGCACCCAACAUUCCAGCUCUGUAUGAAGCUCAUUUUGGAAUUCCAAUGGCAGGAGCAGUAUUGAACCCUGUUAACAUUAGGUUGAAUGCAUCCACCAUAGCAUUCCUUCUUGGUCAUUCCUCCGCAUCAGCGGUAAUUGUGGAUCAAGAGUUCUUUACCUUAGCAGAGGAAGCUUUGAAAAUAUGGUCUGAUAAAACCAAAGGCUUCAAGCCUCCACUUUUAGUUGUGAUUGGUGAUGAGAACUGUGAUCCUAAGCAACUAAGAUAUGCUAAGGGAAAAGGAGCAAUUGAAUAUGAGGAUUUUCUUGAGAGUGGUGACCCUGGAUAUGCAUGGAAACCCCCGGAGGAUGAGUGGCAAAGUAUUGCAUUAGGUUACACUUCUGGUACAACUGCUAGUCCUAAGGGUGUGGUGUUACACCAUAGAGGAGCAUAUCUUAUGUCUCUAAGUGGUGCUGUUAUUUGGGGAAUGAAUGAAGGAGCUGUGUAUCUUUGGACACUACCUAUGUUUCAUUGCAAUGGUUGGUGCUACACUUGGACCCUUGCUGCUCUAUGUGGUACUAACAUAUGCCUUCGUCAGGUAGCAGCUAAGGCAGUGUAUGAAGCCAUUGCCAAGUACAAAGUGACUCAUUUUUGUGCAGCACCAGUGGUUCUCAAUACAAUAGUGAAUGCACCACCCGAAGACACCAUCCUUCCUCUGCCUCAUGUUGUUCAUGUUAAUACAGCUGGAGCUGCUCCUCCUCCUUCUGUUCUGGCCGCAAUGUCCCAAAGAGGAUUUCGCGUCACUCACACUUAUGGCCUCUCAGAAACCUAUGGCCCCUCCACAGUCUGUGCCUGGAAGCCAGAGUGGGAAUCGCUUCCCCCUGAAACCCAAGCGAUGCGUGGCAAUGUUGUGAUGAAAGGAUACUUAAAGAAUCCCAAAGCCAAUGAAGAGACCUUUGCAAAUGGAUGGUUUCACUCGGGUGAUCUCGCCGUAAAGCACCCAGAUGGAUACAUAGAAAUCAAGGACAGAUCAAAGGACAUAAUCAUCUCGGGUGCUGAGAAUAUCAGCAGUGUGGAGAUUGAGAAUGUUAUGUAUACACACCCUGCAAUUCUUGAGGCAUCAGUGGUUGCAAGACCAGAUGAGAAAUGGGGUGAGUCUCCUUGUGCUUUUGUGACAUUGAAGCCAGGAGUGGAUGCUAGCAACGAGCAGCGUCUUGUUGAGGAUAUAAUGAAGUUCUGUAGGGCCAAGAUGCCUGCUUAUUGGGUCCCAAAAUCAGUGGUUUUCGGACCCUUACCUAAGACAGCUACUGGGAAGAUUCAGAAGCAUUUGCUGAGGGCCAAGGCUAAAGAGAUGGGACCUGUUAAGAUCAGCAAGUUGUAAGUCACAUUAUAACAGAGAUCAUGACGAAAUAAACGUUGCUAUUAGUCCUUGCUUUGUGUUUUCAAGAAUGUACUAAUUAGUUAAGGUUUCUUUGUCAUAAUAAUUAGUGUACACCUUUUAUAAAUUAAACUCGUGUAAUAAUAAUAAUAAUAACAAUAAUAAAUGUAAGUUUAUUGAAAAUGAUAAGUUUAAAUUAAGAAGUUAUGUAUUUAA